AUGCAGCUAUAAGUACAUUAAUUGAUUAUUGUAUUAAAAUAAAUUAACUUAGAUUUAAAUAUCACUAUUAGUUCGAAUUUCUAUUUAAGCCUUACUUUUAGCAAUAAAUAAUACAUUUUCUGGAAUAAGAUAAAGACUUUAAGAAUUCAAUAGUAAUAUCUAUAUUUGGAAUCAUGGAGCUGAAUAUAAUGAUAUCAUUUUGGCAGAAGGUUUAAAAAAGAGAUAAAGUAGAUAAAAGAUAUAAGAAAUAGUCAAUAAAAAAUUUAAAAAUUGUUUUGGAAAUAUUACUUGA